UCUCUGGCCAUUCCAACUUCCAAAUGUGUAGAAGUCUAAUUCAAACCUCCUACCAGUCGAGAAUGUCCGCUAUUUUCAACCCUUCGUUCUUUAAACCCCUCCAUCAUCCUCCUCCUACUCCUACUCUACCGCGUAGAACCACGCUCCAUCCACCUCUUCUUCAGUUCGUAUGACGUCAGCUCCUUCUUUCUUCUAAUCUUCUUCCUCUUCGUCUUCUCGCAUUUGGAUGGUUGGGAUGAGGCAGGAGAUGGUCGAGGAGGUCCACGAGCCGAUCGCUGCCCGGGCUGUGAAAUCUUUGGGCCUAGGGUUCGAUCUGACCUCCGAUUUCAGGCUCAGAUUCGCCAAGGGGUUUCCGGGCCGUGACAAUCGGUUGGUGGAUAUCGAUGAGGAGGAUACCAGAGAUGUGGUGAUCCCUGGCGGUGAGACGAUCUUCGGGGUCUCGAAAGAUAUCCGCUGCGAUAAAGGGGAUCGGAUGCGGUUCAAGUCGGACGUGCUUGAAUUCAAUCAGAUGUCAGAAUUACUUAAUCAGAAGUCUUCUAUACAAGGAAAAGUUCCUUCAGGUUACUUCAAUGCUAUAUUUGAUUUAACUGGGUCCUGGUACGAAGAUGCCAUAGAAACUAAAUAUCUCGCCUUUGACGGAUACUUCAUCUCCCUGUACAAUUUGCACCUGACGGCAUCUCCACUAGUUCUUCGAGAGAAAGUAAAAAAGGCUGUUCCAUCUAAUUGGGAACCUGCAUUGCUGUCUAGGUUUAUCCAGACCUAUGGUACACAUAUAAUUGUUGGCAUGGCAGUUGGAGGUCAGGAUUUAGUUUGCGUUAGACAGGCACCUUCUUCAUCCAUUCCUCAUGCUGAACUCAAAGGACAUUUGGAGGAUCUUGGAGAUUAUUUGUUUUUAGAUGGGAGGAGCCUUUCCCCCCCUCUACAUCAGAAAACUAGAGAAGGCAAACACAAGGUUCCAGAAGUCUUCCGGAAGAUCUUGAAUUCAAACAACAUGCAAUUACCAAGCUUUUCGGAAACAUCAAACAAAGAUGGACUUACUAUCAUUUGCUCCAAAAGGGGAGGGGACGCAUCUUUGUCCAGUCACAACAGAUGGCUUUCGACAGUACCUGCAAACCCAGAUGCUAUCCUCUUUAAGUUUGUCCCCAUUACUUCUCUUCUUACUGGGAUCCCAGGCAGCGGCUAUCUUAGCCAUGCCAUCAACCUAUAUCUUCGCUACAAACCUGCUCCAGAGGAAUUACAAUACUUCUUGGAAUUCCAAGUCCCUCGGCAAUGGGCGCCUGUGUUUAAUGAGCUGCCCCUCGGCCCACAAAGAAGAAGUAUCUCCAGCCCUGCAUUGCAGUUCAGUUUCCUCGGUACCAAGCUUCAUGUCAGCAGUAAUCAGGUUUCAAGUGGUAAGAAGCCAGUGAUUGGCCUGCGGCUGUAUUUAGAAGGCCAGAAGUGUAAUCGGUUGGCCAUACAUGUGCAGCAUCUCUCAAGCCUCCCAAGCAUGGUAGAAUCCUCAUGGACAAACUCUUCCACAUCAUGGCCAUGUCAAUGGCGUGGAUCUGACGAAUCAGACAGCCGAUACUUGGAGCCAGUUCGAUGGAAGCGAUACUCACGAGCGUGCACGUUGCCCAUCAAGUAUAACCCUGAGUGGCUACAAGGAGGAUCAGAUGGCGUGUUUGUGGUGACAGGCGCACAGCUCCUCACCAAAGGAAGAUGGACAAAGACAACACUUCAUCUCCGUCUACUCUUCACAUACCUUCCCAAUUGCAGCAUCCAGAAGACAGAGUGGGCGCAGGCACCAAUUGCUUCUCACAAAUCAAGCUUCCUCUCCAAUCUGAGCACAACGUUCACGCAACGUGAGGCAUUGGCGCAUACGAAGAACUUGCCUCCUGUGCUGAACUCGGGUGUGUACCCCGAUGGGCCGCCUGUACCAGUUCACUCCCAAAAGCUCCUCAGAUAUGUGGAGACAGCAGAGGUGGCACAUGGCCCGCACAAUGCGCCGGGGCAUUGGCUGGUCAUAGGUGCUAGGCUGGUAACUGAAGGAGGCAAGAUUGGUUUGCAUGUGAAAUUUGCUCUGCUAAACUAUUCCAGAGGAGGUGAUAGGAUUAGUUAGUGUGCAUAGACUAGUUGCAUCUCUUGAUUUUUUGUUCUUUUAGUUGUUGUUGCGUUUUUUUCCCCCUCAGUCUAUUGUCGAUUUUAGUUAGCUGAUGAGUUGUAUAGAUAAGAAAAAUGGUACCAUUUGUGCCUUCAAAGGACAGGACAUCAAAUCAGAGUACAGCUUCCAACAGCUGAUGCUAGCAGAGUA